AUUUCUAAUCUCUCUCCCCUUACCCUAUCCAGUAUCCUGAAGAGCAUGGUGCAUGGAGGCUUGAUUCUUUUGAAAUCGCCACCACGGUUCCGGACUCCCGGAGUUAUCGGCCUACAUCCGACACAGUACACUGUACAGUCCUCGGUCCGUAAAGGGUCCCGGGAGUUCAUCACGAAUUCCAAGGCCAGCUUUACAACUUCACCCGUCUGGACACCUCGUCCUCCCCUUCAGCCCUCUCACUAUUCACCGUCUCUGGAACAAGAUCCCCCACAGUCCUGGCCCCAAGCAAACCCAUAUUCAUCUCAAGCUCCGCCCUCAAAAUGCGCAGCAGCUUCCGAACCCCCCCUUUCGCCCGUAAUUGCACGAUAUAGCGUACAACACAGGCCGCCCAACACCCUCAGCCAGCUCUAUCUCGGUAGCUCCCAGCGCUAUAGCCCUCGAUGCGAAAUCCGAGCCUUUGGCUUUCUCCCUAUAGGCUAUCCCGGUCCCACGUACAGUUGGAAGCACAGCGGUUGCGAUUCCGCCAACCCGUGCAGCAAAGAUGGAUUCGAGCGUCCUUUGUCGCGGAGGAUCCUCGGCCACAGACUCAUCUCUCGGAAUUCGCGACGCGAAGCUUGGAUGCCGAGUUCGUCCUCGGCCCCUGAGGAGUAGUAUGCCCAUGCGGCGGCAGGGACUCGGGGAGGUGGUUCGCUGCGGCUCUCUCAGAGUCGUCGGCGCUGGCGAUGGCUCCCGGAGGAGGGAACAUGGGGCG